AUGGCCCUCUUUGAAACUGUCAUGGAGCUAUUGGACUCGGAAAGCUACGACGACUGCGACUACAGUGACAUUCACGUUGACUCCGACGACGAGUUCGACGAUGUCAAUGCAGAAAUGAAUCGCAUAAGGGCAGGUUUCCUUGCCAAGAGUGGAGGCAAAGGCCCACGGAAUGCCAUCGGCUGCAUCAACGGUUCGCACAUCCAGAUCCUGACUCCAAGCGAAUCAACGUACCCAUAUUUCAAUCGCAAGAAGUGGUCAUCUAUCAUUUUACAAAGGAACUGCGAUGAUAGAAAUCGGUUUCUGAAUGUUUUCAUUGGUUUCCCUGGAUUCAUCCGCGAUGCCCGCGUUUUGAAGGAGAGCCCUUUCUUCACACGUGCAGCAUUGGAAUGUGGUGAAAACUACAUUCUGGGGGAUAGUGCGUAUCCUCUGAUGCCCUGGCUGAUGUCCCCAUUCAGGGACAAUGAAGCCUCAUUUCUAUCUCGGAAAAAACAGUUUAAUGAGCGACACAGUCAGCAGAGGGUGUCCAUCGAGAACACCUUCGGCGUGCUUAAACAGCGUUUCAGGAGGUUGUACCUUGUGGAUGCCAAAAGUGUUGUGCAGUCCUGCUAUAUAGUCAUGGCAGCGUGUGUGCUCCACAACCUGUGCAAUAACGAGAGGGACUUCUUCGAGGAGCUGACAUCUUUACCACAAGAGGAAGAUGUAGGUAAUGACGACACUGAAGGGGAUUUUGACUGCAGUCUCCCAUGCUACAGUCAGUCCCUGCGAGAGUUCAUUGCAAAGGAGCAGUGCUAG